AUGCUUCCCCGGGCCGCUUUCCUCCUCCUCCUCCUCUGCAGCCUGCCCUGCGCUGGGGGCUUCAACCUGGAUGCCCAGGCGCCGACGCUCCUGCGCGGCCCCCCCGGCAGCUACUUCGGCUUCUCGGUGGAUUUUUACCUCCCGGAGGCGUCGAGCGUCAGCGUCCUGAUCGGGGCACCCAAAGCCAAAACCAACCAGCUGGAAGUCACAGAAGGGGGUUCGGUCUACUACUGCCCUUGGUAUCUGGGCAACGUCAGCUGUACGCCCAUUGAAUUUGACAGCAAAGGAUCCCGCAUGGAAGAGGUCAACGGAACGUUGGAACAAAUGGAGUUCAAAUCCCUGCAGUGGUUUGGUGCCACGGUCCGGUCCCACGGCAGCUCGAUCUUGGCCUGCGCCCCCCUGUACAGCUGGCGGACAAACAAGGAUGAGCCAGAGCGCGAGGUUGUGGGCACCUGCUAUCUCUCGAUCAACAACUUUACCAAGUUUGUGGAAUACGCACCUUGCCGCUCAGAUCUGAACUCAGCCCGCGGACAAGGUUACUGUCAGGGUGGAUUCAGCGCUGAAUUCACAAAGUCUGGACGUAUCCUCCUUGGUGGCCCUGGAAGCUAUUUCUGGCAAGGCCAGGUGUUAUCUGCAACACAAGAUGCCAUUGAGGAAUCCUAUGACCCUGGAUAUUUAGUCUUGGUGGUUCAAGGCCAGCUUGCCACACGUUCAGACCCCCACUUCAGCGCUGAUGACAGUUACCUUGGCUACUCUGUGGCCGUGGGUGAAUUCAGCAACGACUCCACUGAAGAUUUUGUGGCUGGCGUUCCUAAAGGAAACCUCACCUACGGCUAUGUCACAAUUCUAAACGGAAGCGACAUUCGGUCGCUGUACAACUUUUCGGGAGAACAGAUGGCUGCCUAUUUCGGGUACGCCGUGGCUGCUACCGAUAUUAACAGUGACGGCCUAGAUGACUUGCUGAUCGGUGCCCCCUUGUUUAUGGAGAAGACGGAAGAUGGGCGUGUGCAGGAGGUGGGCAAGGUCUACAUCUACCUGCAGCGGCCGAACGGCAUGGAGCCCACCGCGUCGGCUGUUCUUACUGGUCACCAAGAGUUUGGGCGCUUCGGCAGUUCUAUCGCACCGUUGGGAGACCUCGAUCAGGAUGGCUACAAUGAUGUGGCGAUUGGUGCACCGUUUGGCGGCCAGGCCCAGCAAGGCAUGGUCUACGUGUACAAUGGCCGACGGGAUGGGCUGCAUCCCAAACCUUCUCAGGUGUUGCAGGGACGCUGGCCGGACAGUCAGACCCUUGACUUCUUUGGGUUCUCCAUGCGUGGGGCCAAGGACCUUGACGGAAACGGCUACCCAGAUCUGAUUGUGGGAGCCUUUGGAGCGGACAGAGCUAUGGUUUACAGGGGUCGUCCCAUAGUCCACGCCACUGCCACCCUCAGCAUCUUCCCCACCAUGUUUAACCCAGAAGAAAAAUUAUGCGUCCUGGAGCACACUGGAAUCCCUGUUGCCUGCAUCAACCUGAGCUUCUGUCUGAAUGCAUCUGGGAAGCAUGUGCCAGACUCCAUUGGGUUCACUGUGGAACUCCGCCUUGACCACCACAAGCAGAAGGGGGCGGUGAAGCGGGCCCUCUUCCUGGGUUCCCGCCAGCCCCAUCUGAUUCAGACUGUCCAAAUUCGCAACGACGCCAGCGCAGAGUGCCGCGAGAUGAAAAUCUACCUCCGGAACGAGUCCGAGUUCCGUGACAAGCUCUCCCCCAUCUACCUGUCGCUCAACUUCUCGCUGGAUCCUGAGGCCCCGCGAGAUGCCCACAGGCUGCAGCCCAUCCUCAACUACCUCACGCACAACCACAUCGAACAGAAGGCUCAGAUCCAGCUCGAUUGCGGAGAAGACAACGUCUGCGUCCCCGACUUGACGCUUGAUAUCUCUGGGGAUCAUAACACUGUGUACCUGGGAGACAAGAAUGCGCUGAACCUUUCGUUCCAUGCACAGAACCGUGGGGAAGGUGGUGCCUACGAAGCUGAACUCCAUGUGACUAUGCCGCCCGAGGCUGAGUACACAGGAGUCAUGCGGACCCAGGGGAACCUGAACAGCCUGAGCUGCAAGUAUGACACCGUGAAUGAGACCAACGUCGUCAUCUGUGACCUUGGCAAUCCAAUGAAGGCAGGAGCCAGUCUCUGGGGUGGGCUGCGCUUCACCGUGCCUCGUCUUGUCGAUACGAAGACGGACAUUCAGUUUGACUUCCAGAUCCAGAGCAAGAACGCCAACAAUUCCCACAGCGAGGUGGUGUCGCAUCGCCUCCGUGUGGAGGCUCUUUUUCGUCUUUCGACUCACGGAGUAUCCAAGCCAGACACUGUGGCUCUUCCAGGCUCUGGCUGGGUCCCAGGCCGAGCAUUGCUGCAAGAGCAAGAUGUGGGUCCCGGCAUGUGUCAUGUCUAUCAGUUUGGGAACGAGGGUCCGAGCGCCAUCAGCGAGGGGAUUUUGGACGUCAGUUGCCCAAUCCGAAUGAAUGGGCGAGACGUGCAGUAUGUCACUCGAUAUCUGGCAAUGGCCAAUUGCUCCUCUAACUACCCGGUCAACCCAUCCCGCCUCCAGCUGGAACCGCUCCCGACACCUUUUCCUGGGCAAGAGCAGCACUACGUCCAGAAGCAUGAGGUGGGGUGGAGCAGCAGCUCUGCUGGGAAUGGUUUCACUCUGAAGUGCAGCGGGGAGGACUGUUUCCAGUUGCGCUGCCACAUGGGGCCGCUGCAGAGGCAGGAAAGGGCCACUCUUCACCUCUGCUUCCGCAUCUGGGCCAAGAACUUCCAUCAGCGAGAAAGCUAUCCUCAGGCCGUACAGUGUGAGGCUGCCUAUCACGUGCAAAGGGUACCCUACAAGAUCCAGCCUCAAAAGCUCCCCUCCGCCACCGUCGAGGUGUCAACAUCGCUGUAUUGGGCCAAGGCAGAGACCAGCCAGGGAGUUCCUCUCUGGAUCAUCAUCUUAUCCAUUCUGAUUGGACUGCUGCUACUGGCUUUGCUCAUCUACGUACUAUACAAGCUGGGCUUUUUCAAGCGCUCCCUUCCUUACGGCACGGCGAUGGAGAAGGCUCAGCUGAAGCCGCAAGCCGCUUCGGAGGCCUAGCAGGCCCCGCGUCUCCCUCCGCGUGUGUGUGCUGUUUG